AGAAAUAUGGAUUAUUGAUCAAACAAGAUGGACUUUUUCCUAGAUCAGCAAAAUGUCGAAGAAAAAGAAGAGAAACCUAAACCAUUCAAGUUGUGUUUCAUAGAAAAAAACGUUCUGGGACAGUCAAACAUUAAAAUCAACAAAUCCCUAAAUAUACCUCCAGUAGUUUCUUUGAAGUUUUACAAUAAAAGAAACGAAGAUAUACCUGAAGAUUUAACCGAGAAAUAUGUUCACCUUUUAAAAAAUGAACCUAAUAAAAAGAAAGGUUCUUUACCAAUAACAGAAAGCCAAAAAUAUGGCUGGUAUCAAGUGAGAUUAAAUGAUUGGGAUCGAUCAGAUAGAAGAUUAAAUUUUCAUAAACGUACUGAUGUAAUUGUGAGAGAGCAUUUAAUGAAUUAUGCAAAAAUAAGGGAAUAAGAGUUUUAAAGCUACUGAAAACAGCUGUAUCUUAUAGAUAAUACUGUAGGCCAGGGAAUAA